AUGGAAAAUUUAGAAUUGAGCUUGUCAUCACUGGGUACCAUAUCCAGACAUAUUGACAAAAGUCACAACGAACUCAGCAAGUAUUUAACUAAACAGGUAAGAUACAUUUCUCCUUGUCUUGUUAUGAAAACCAUAGUGUCUGUAAUGUCUCUUUAUGAGACUUGUUGAUAGGUGAUGCAUCCUAUCUGUGCAUGUGCAUAUUCCACUAUCUUAUAUAUGCAUAGAUUAUGUCUUAUUUACUAUCCAAGAAAUUGCACACCUUGCCUACACACCAUUUUAAUAAAUGUAACCUAAUUACAAUAGUAUUUUAUCAGGAUGCUAUUUACAUUACAUUGAUGGAUGUCCCUUGAGAUUGGAGUGUGUAGACAUAGCCAAGACCUAAUGAAUUCAAUGUCAAUCUUGACCUUCACCUGAUAUGUCUUUCUGUCUGCCUGUAGAUAUGGAGCCAGCAGGACAGACAGAGCAUCCUGGCAUGUUUGGCUCAGCUGCUGUUGGAGAAGGACUAUACGCUGCUGCUCGCCCGCCACCUCCGGCCGCUGAUCCUGGACCUGCUGGAGAGGAACGUGCAGAGGAUCAAAGCAGACAGCAGGAUCAACCAUGAUCUCCACGAGCGCCUGUGUGUGGCGCUCAGCAAACUCCUCGGCGUCAGUCCCGAUGCACAGGCGUAA